UGGAAAGGACGGCCUGAACCAAUAGAGGCUCCGUAGUUGAGUGGCAGCUGUUGGCGGGUAAAUGUAAAUGUAAACAGUGAGCGGAGAGAGAUGGAGGAGCAGCAGCGGAGAUCAGCGGAAGAUUUACCCGGAGUACCGCCGUCUACUCCCGACACCGCCGGGGAACAUGCCCCGGUACCGGCCGGUAAACCCGGACCGGCAGAGCCGCGGCGGAGCAGACUGAAGAUCUUCAACAAGCUGAUGGAGAAGAGCCUCCAGAGACUCGUAGCAGACGCGGGUUUUAGUCGGUUUUGCCACUCCUUCCAUCCUCUAUGCAAGCAGAACCCACAGAUGGCUGAGGUUAUCCACAAACAGUUCAUUAGCGACCUGCAGAAGUCUAUACAGGAUGAAAUAAGCAACAUGAUAGAGGAGGGCAACCUGGAGGUAAAGCUGGAGAAUUUGGAUAAACUGGAAGAGUUGGCUAAAGGAACACCUGAGCCUACUUGGCGGCCGAGUGGCGUUCCUGAGCAGGAUGUGUGUAGUGUGCUGGUAUCGUAUCAUCAGGGGCAGGAGGAGUAUGUGCGCAGAGAGCUGAGGAAACUGCAGAAGGAGAAUGCGGUCCUGGCUGACCAAGUACUGGCUGGUCGACAGACUAUCGCACAAAGUGAACAGCGCAUUGCUGCAGCAGUGGAGGAGUGGAAGGCAUCUGUUGCUGACUUGGAAUCGUUUGUGUUGUCACUUUGUCCAUCUGAAAAUUUUGAUUCUCUUUAAUCUACUGUGGAUCAAAAUAUUUAAGUCUAGGGCUGUCCCAGUCCAGUUUUUUUGCACCCAACCUGAACUAAGUGUUCCACUGUAAAAUAGUUUCACUUUAGACUUUAAUCUUUUGUGUUAUUGUCCAGUAAGUUUGUAAAGAAUGUCUUUUAAAGGUCCCUACGAUGGCAGAUGAUUGGAAAGGUGCACAAAAAAAAAAGCACAGCAGUAAAAACAAAUAUUAGAUUUGGAUCUGGCUUAUAAUUGCCAAAAUUGAUCCUUUGAAACAUUCCUUAAUUGGAUCUACUAGAUUGGAUUGGGACACUCAUACUUUAAACCUCUGUUUUAUUAUAUUUUUUAAUCUUUUCUGUCAGUUGUGAUGUUGUAUUCAAUUAAAAAUGUUGUGUCACUAUA